AUGGGACCCGUGCGCGAACAACUAUAUGAGCUCGGCCGAACGCACCUUCCCUCUCGACAUCACACUUUCCAGUUUCACUGCUGCGCCCGCACUUUCAACACCAACACCAACCAGCUGAAAGCACUUGUGCCGCACUUAACACGCCCAACACCAAGCACAGAAACCACGCGACAAGUCACACCUGCACUCGCAAUGUCGACUCGUCGCACGCGUCGCGCUGCCGCGACUGCCCAGAUCACCGAGGAAGUCACCAUAGUCGAGACACGCGCAAAGCGUACUCGAGGCGGACAACGCAAAGCUGCAACCACCACCAAGACAACCUCGACAAAAGUCCAGCGCGAACAGACACCUCCCGAGACCACCUCCAACGCGCCCGGCAACGCGCAGACCGCGACGCGCUCCAACGCGGUCGCGUCAACUCCUGCCCCCGCCCCCGCCCCCGCCACCUCUACCAAACGCCGCCUGCGAUCGACCCAACCAGAAGCCGCGUCGCCCCUGCGUGCGCUCGACGAGCAGCCGGCCAAAAAGCCAAGGACGGCCUCGAAGAAGGCAAGUGCUCCCGCACCCACACCUGCAAAGCCAGAACCAGCCCAAGAAGAGGAGGAGGAGACAGGCAUUUUCUUCUCUAAGAGCUUCGAUGUUAUCGCUUUGGAGCUUCAGAAGUCAUCGCUUGAAGCUCGCAUUGCGGAUUUCGAAGCAACAUGUAACAGCCAGAGAAGCGAGAUCUCCCAGCUCCGAACUCGCAUUGUGCAACUCGAGCUGGAGAACCGCAACCUCAUCGCUCUUAAUGCACCAAAGACCCCGUCGGUCCAUGCUAAUACGCCAACACCAGAGUUUGACUCCUUCGAUGUCGACCAGUCAGAGCCAGCCUUCGUGACUGGUAGCGAGUCUGCAAUGGCACUCCUGCGUCAUGUCCAGGAGGCAGCCAAAUUACCUAAGCCGACAUCAUCGCCGUCUCCCGAGGCCAAGACUUCACCAGCACCCAACUCCACAUCUCCGGUCGCCAGUGAAAAGUUCUCGACUCCCUCCAGGCGUCUCCUUAGCAGUUUCACUUCGCCAUUCACAGCAAUUAAGAACCUCUUUGGUUCUUCAACACCUCAACCUCCAUCGCCUACCCCAUCUCGACUACCUCCAGCCGACACGAUUACCGAGGUCCUCUCUAUGCCCCCCACUCCUGUCGGCGAGCGCACCAAGCGUUCAAGCAAGAAAACGAAGAAACCAAAUCGUCUCGUCAGGGCUCUCCUCCAAGGCGUCGAAGAGCAAGACGCGGAUAAGGCUACUGCAUGGGCGAAACAAGUCGCCGCCGAUUUCAAAAACGACUCUGCUGCCGGCGACAAGCGCAAGAGACUCGAAGCACCUGUUCUUUACCGCGACCUAAAGCACCUCCCAUCAAGCAAGCCGUGGCAGUCAGGUUUCAGCUUUCCCGAGGAUGUCUUGGACCUUGAGGACGACGAGAUCGUCCCAGCAUGGGCCGUCUACAUAUCCAUGGUGGAAGAAGAACGCGAGGCCAAGAAGACCAAGAUGAACCACGCCACUUUUGUCGAGGACGACAUGCCCGCCUCCCUCAACGAGGUCUUUGGUGCCUCGACUACCUCCGCGCUCGACUUCCAGCCCCGCCGCUCCAUCGACCCGUCCCCGAUGUUCGACACCCCCCUCCACCACCAAGAGGGCGGCAAUGUCUUCAAAGAGCUUCGAGGUCAUGAUGCCGCCAUGAGCGACCGCGAGAAUCUCCAGCGCGAGCUGAAAGCUGGAGGCAGUCGGCGUCAGACCGAGAUCGAGCCUCGCGCCUCCAGCAACCCUGAAGGUCUCCAGAGGACUCACGACCCCAUUCACGGCUCCUUCAGCGUUCCCGAUUCCGAUUCCGAGGAAGAAGAAGAAGAAGUUCGUGCGCAGCCGGUCUGGACCCAGGCGCCUCCUCCUGCGCCUACCCCAUCUCACGCGCCUCUGCCUGCUUCAACGCACAACGAGGAGGUUGAGCGUCAGCGCCAGAAGCUGAUGAAGCACACGCCGCAUAAGCCCAGCCGACUGCAACAAGUCAGUUACCCAUCGCCAAGCUUAUUCUCGGACGCUGGCAAUGAGUCCAUCCUCGCCGCCUCCCCUGCAAAGUUUUCCGAGCUCUUUGGCGACAUCCCAGACGUUGAGCCCCUCGACUUCUCCGACGACCCAGAGCUGGAAGCUGCUGUUGCAGCGGGAUCAACACCUGAAGCCCUCCAGCGGGUGCUCGCGACCAUGAACUGGUCUGUACCUACCAUAACAUACGACUCCGACGAGGAGGAACUGUCCCCUAUCUAA